AUGGAAGAGAGGCAGAAGGCCCCCCACAUACUUCUUGCACACUUUCGCAUCAGCUUCUUGGGCAUUUGCGCCCUUGCAGCCCUCACAUUUGCGGCGGAGCACUGCGUUGGCUUCAAGUUCGCCUCGCCGAGUGCACCAGCCGCGGGAUUUGGUCAGAUUCCCUUGAGGCUUAGAGCGGCAGAGGAGCUGCCUAAUGGCUACACUCGAACUCAAAUUAGGGCCUCUGGGGGCCCCGCAAACGCCCCCUUCAACCUAUUCUCCCGCUCUGCGCCCCUCAAAGUCCACCUGGAGCACCGCGAGCCCGCGGCGGUGUACACGGCGUACGGGGAGGUAGGGGGUCCCCUUGCGAGUCCCAUGGAGUGCAGAGGAGCUUCGGGGAGCGAGGCGGAGCCCGGGGACGAAGUGUACCACUUGGUGUUUUCCUAUGACCCCUCAGCGCUCUCUGGGAAGACCCAAGGGCCCUUUCGCUACCUCGAAGGACAAAGCGUCUCAUUUGUCAACCUCAAGGACCAGCGAGAGGGGCAAGUCCAGAGUGGGGCCCCUCCCCCGAAGCCGCGUCUGUACAGCGUGGCUUCUUCGCCGCUGUGUCCGGACAAAGGCCUGCAGCACUCCUUCUCUUUGUGCGUGAAGCGCCACCGCUACAGGGCGCCUGACGGCCGCUUUGACCCCUGCAAAGAUGGCCUGUGCUCCUCUUUGUUGUGCACGGCCCCCAUUGGCACAGAAUUUGAAGUCGCCGGGCCAGUAGGGGCUUCGCUGCUGUUGCCUGAGGACCGCGACGCCCCUCUCAUAUUUGCAUGCACGGGAACAGGCGCUGCUCCUUUGCGCAGCUUCCUACGGAGGGUAUUUGCAGAAAGGCGCAAUGGUCCUGUAGUUGCCUACAUUGGAGCUGCAAAGGCGGCCUCUACCCCGUACGCCCGCGAGUGGGAGGCGCUGCAACAGCUGCUGCCUCCUUCGCAGCUGCAGCUGCGCUUUGCGUAUUCCAGGGAAAUGAAGGCCCCAGAUGGCGGCCGACUGUACGUACAGCAUCUAAUGGAGGCUGAUGGCGACGAGCUACUGCGCCUGUUUGAAGAGGGAGCACUGAUGUACGUCUGCGGGCGAAAGGAUAUGCUUCCUCCCAUCAAGGCUGCCCUUCAGGCUGCAGCGCAGAAUAACAACGUGGAUUUCAGCUCUUUCUUUAAGAGCCUUAUUGCAUCGAAGAGGUGGAGAGCCGAAGUUUAUUGA